AUGUCGUUACUCCAUAAAGGAAAACCACAGACUUCUUUAGGUACUUCUUCUUUGAUGAAGAGAACGCUAAGUUCCAAUAGCAUAUUAUCAAAACACCAGUUAAAUAAUAAACAUAUAUCGUCAACAGGUUCUUUAUCACAUCUAAGUAAUAUUAAUUUGCAUACUAAUUCUGGUGUCAAUGUAACUUUAUCCCCACUGAUUAAGAAAGAAUUGAAUUUGACUAAUCAAAGAUUAGAUUUAGGUAUUUGGAUAGAAGAAUUUAUAGCUAUAUUAGGAAAGGAAAGUUGGAUUAAAUAUGCACAAGUGAUAAGUUUCUUCAUAUUAGGUAAAUUGUCUCGAAUGGAAUUGGUUAAACAACUGGAUCAAAUAUUUGAAGAAAAUCUAGCAGACGAUAAUGCUCGUAAUAGUAAUAAUGAUAACACGAAUAAUAAUGGCAAUAAAGAGUCCCGAUUAUUGCAUGAACAACGGCAUAAAUUAACCCGGUUACAUAAUCAAUUAUUAUUAGGUAUAUUUGCUAAUUCAUUGAGGGAUUCUCCAAUGAAUAAGUCCGAUAAAGCAUGGGGAUUUCAAAAUGGAGAUCGUUCCACGAAUAGGAAUGUGAGAAGGGUUAAUAAACAUAAUUCACAGAUUGAAAUGUAUAAAAAAAUCGUUAUGUCAUUACCUAAAAAUGAUAGAAAUAGAUUGAAAACAAUAACUAGAGAAGCAGGGAAAAGAGGAUUUAUAUAUUGCACCGUCUUACAAAAUAGACUUCAUAAUGUACCAAAAAUUCCUAUUGUUACUAACCAAGAGACUUUAAAACGAGUGAAAAAAAAUAAUUUAAAGACCCCGUUGGAGUGGUCUCAAGAUAUAGUUAAUGGGUUUAAUGCUCCAUUAUCCAUUGAUAGUUAUUCCCUACCCGAUAACGAUACUUUGACUUUAAGAAUGACUGGUAUUGCUCGUGAGCAUGGACUUGUUGGUUUUGUGGAUUCAAAAUGUGUUGAUAUGGUAUCAAUAGCGUUGGAUCAUUAUUUAAAAAAAGUCAUUGAACUUGCCAUUGAUUCAGUUAGAUAUAGAAGGAAGAAAUAUUCAGAAUAUUAUGAUUUAAACGAUGAAGGUGUAUAUGUUCCAGUGUCGGGUCUUGGAAUGGAUUUUGGUUUAACUGAGAACGUAUUGACUAUUAGUAAUGAAAAGAAUGAAAAUAACGGUGAACAAGAAAAUCUAGAGAAUAAUCAACCCAAAAUAUCACUAACAAAUGAAGAUAUUCAGGCAGCAUUGACUAUUUUUCCUAAUUUGGUGGAACCAAGUACAGGUAUCUUUCAAACACUGACAUCAAUAAGUUUAUAUAAUGAAGAUGAAUUAGUAGAAACAAGAAGUAGCAUAGAUGAUUUACCACAAUUUAAAGGCGAGCGGCCUUCCUCUAAACCUAUAGAUGAUAGAAAUAUCGGAACUAGGGAAGAAUUAAAUUGGCUAAUCAAAGAUAUUCUUAGUGACGAGUGA